UCUGACCCAGAGACUUUGAGUUAGCUGUGUCAUAUGGAAUAAAUUUAUAGUCAAGUCAUGAUGGCCAAGUCAGCCUUCCUGUUUGUGUUGUGUGCACCAGUCUAUGGUUUCCGAUCUCCAAUUCAAUAUCCGAAGACGAGAAGCCAUCUAAACUAUGAGUUCAAAGGAGCUUCAAGUUGUGGAGGCAUGUGAUUCUGAUGAUACCCUAUUUUCGGGGCAGGUUCCGAUGAUGAUGAUGACGCCUGAUGAAUCAUAUGUUCUCCAAAACCAGAAUGGCAGAAGCAGAGGAGAGCCAGAGCUGCAGAAGAAGCUGAACAAGUUGAGAUCAAUUAAGCUUGCAAAAUCGCCGUCGAGGAGAAGAUCCAAGCGCAGAUCCAAUGAUGCAACUGCAGAUGAUCCCCAGAACUCGGGUAGAGUAUUGAUAAGGAGGUCUAGUUUUAAGCCUGUUAACAAUCUAACAAGAAUGUCGAGUGUGAAAUUCAAGAGCUCUUUGGUGAGGCAAAGCUCUGGAGGAACCCAAUUGAAUAAGUAUAGAUCAUUAUCAUCAUCAUCAUCGCCAAACUUUUUGAAGGAGACCUGUUGCUUUAGUGAGAAAAGGACCCAGAUUCAGGGAAGUCCUCACUGCUCUUCGGAAUCAAGUUGUAAUUCAACCCCCAACUCUGUUCACAAGUCAGCUAGAUUGUCUAAAGCAAAAUCCAAGAUUCGUGUGGUUCGGAAACAAUCCGAAAUUUCUGAAUUUCCAGACUUGGGGGUACAAAGAGCCACUUGCUCUUCAGCUCUCAAGCAUUGCAAGUCCCCUCCUCAGGUGAAGGAUGUUCGUCCAGAAGGAAGUGAAUCUGAAGGAGCUUCAGCCACCAAGCCUUGUCCAUUUACUUAUUGUUCUCUGCAUGGUCAUCGCCACGCAAAUGUACCUCCACUCCAGAGGCUCAUUUCGAUAAGGAGGCGCUUAUUGAAGACUCAGAAGGGAACAAUACAGGCAACUCAAUCCCCAGAGAGAGCGAAAAAGUCCAGCAAAAUGAAGGAAGAUGCACCGACUCUCAUGGUCAUCAAUAGAAAUGAUGAAGUUCAUGGAACGAUCUCUCCUGUGAGGCGAAAAUUGGGCAGUGAAGAGCUCUUGCAUGACCUUGCUGAAACUUGCAGCAAAGAAGAUGAAGACAAUUAUGAUCUAUCUGAUGAUCCGGAGAAGCUGUUUCAUGAAACUUUGGAGGAGAGUCUAAAGGAUACGAGUGAUCUGACCACAGUCGUACAACAUGAUUUGGGGUUACCCACAUCACUUAGUGAUUUAUGUUUGGAAGGUUGUUGCAUUGGAACAGCUUCUGAAGUCACCAACUCAGACCUAAAAGAAGAGAAAUGUGCUGCAUCUGGUCUCAAUGAUGGUGGUGAUUUCAUUUCCACUGAUAAAAUGAAGAUCAGCAGUCCUAAACCAAUUCCAGUAGAUGUCGAAUCUGAUGAUUGUACCACUGUCAAGCUCCCUGAUGAAGUUGUGAAACCAACAACUGACAAUGAAAACCAUGAAAAUAAUUGCGCUUCUGGUUGUGUGGCACCUAUGGAACAAAUUAUAGCCCUUGAGCUAAAACAUGGUAGUCUGGUGACUGAUAAAAAUGGUAAUGUGGAGUCAGACAAAAAUGAAAGUGCAGAGUGUAGCAUGCAAGCAAAAAAUAACAAGUAUAUCAGUAUGUGGAAGUUGAUGUACAAACAUGCAGUAAAGGGUAAUUCAGCAGCUGUUGGAAACUAUCUCCCUCUUCAUGGGGAAGUCAAAGAAUAUCAAGUAGAAGGUACCAGUGGUGCGCUUGAAACCAACAAUCCAUCAUUUCCUGAAAGUAUUGACCAUAGAGUGUCAACAAAUUCAAGUGAAGGAGAUCAAGUACUAGAGCUCUGUCAGAAAAAUGCCAUUGAUAUAGUCCAGGAAGCAUUUGAUAAAAUUCUUCUCCCAGAAGUUCUAGACAGCUCAUAUGAUGAUGAAUCAGUUACUAGUGACAUAAACUCAAAUGAGGAAGGAUUGCAGCUGAGUAAUGAUGAAGGAGAGGAGCGUAGAAUCUUAACUCUUGGUGAUUAUUCAGAUGACAGAAUGGUACACAAUGCAGAAGAAACACAGUUGGAAGCUGCAAACUAUGAUGCUCCCAAGGAGAAAGCAGCAGAAUACAACUCUGAACAGAACAUGCCCAAGCACUGGAGCAGUCUGAAAAAGUUUAUUCUUCUCAAGCGAUUUGUGAAAGCAAUUGAAAAGGUAAAAAACUUCAGUUACCGGAAGCCAAAUUACCUACCCUUAGAUCCUGACCCGGAGGCAGAAAACAUUAAUCUACGACGGCUGGCAAUUGAAGACAAAAAGAGUGCUGAUGAAUGGAUGCUUGAUUAUGCACUUCAAAAGGUGAUAAGUAAGCUACCUCCAUCUCAACAAAGAAGAGUGGCAUUACUCGUAGAAGCUUUUGAAACAGUUCUCCCUUUCCCUGAUAUUACAACUCACCAGAGGUCCAAUGCAAUACAUUCUAUUGGAGCAGAUCUUCAAGCCUGCAAUGGCUUGUUGAUUCAAAAUGCUCAUGAAACUGGUGAAGAGAGUGAUUCUGGAACUUCUGCCAGAAUCUUGCUCGGCGGUAUGUCAUGUCCUGAAGAAAACUUACCUGUUAAUAUGGAUAAACUGGCAAGUCCAAUGAAAUCUUCUAUGCUUGAAGAAUCGAAUACAGGAAACGGGUCCACUAAAAUAGCAGUCGAUAUACCUGCUUCUGGAGACACAGAUGAGGAGCAGCAGGGGACACAUGCUUCUUUCAAGACUGAUGGCGAGGACAAAGUCUUUACCAUUAACAAUGGUACAGAGUUUCCCAAUGUUUCUUCUUCAGGAAGUAAAGGUCCCCACUUCUGUAAGGAAACCUCGUUGAAGCAUGAGGAAUAUGGUAGCACCAAUUAUGAAGUUCUUGAAAACAGAACAGUUCGAGAAUUCGCUGCAGAAUAUAUGACUGUUGGCAGUUUGAAUUCUGAUGUGGAAAUCAGUGAUGGAGAGACAGCUGCAUUAAACAACAACAACAGGAGUGGUGCAGAAUCAGAUUUGUCUGAAGCCAUGGUGAUCUCUUUAGCUCCCAUAAUAAUGACAGCAAGAGAAAGAUCAAAUGGAAGCUCUCCACCUGAAGAAUCUCAUUCAGGGAGCAAUGCUGAUGUAACACAUGUUACUCAACUGGAAAAACAGAACUAUACGAGGCUAUGGUACUUUGUAUAUAAGCACAUGGUAUCAAGCAUUGCUGAAAAAGAUGGAGGUGAACAACGUGAUGAAGCAGACGAGGAAGAAGGAAAAAACACAGAAAAAUUGCCUUGCACGGAGAUGGAUCCAAAGCUGAGCUUGACAAAUGAGCAUCCAGACAAUAAAAAUAAUGAACUCCGCCGUAUUGAAACUGUCAAGCUGGUGGAGAAAGCGAUUGAUGAAAUCCUUCUUCCUGAAAGCCAGGAUGAAUCUGAAGACGAGCAAGCAGAUACUAGGAACUUCAUUCCAGACCAGGAACCAGCAGUAAAUAAAGUUUGCAUAGAAGGAAAAUCUUUCGCUACUCUUUCCAAAUUUUCCGGAGGUAGCUUCAGAGGAUCUAAAACGAAAGCAGGAGAAGAUCCAGAACAAAUAUUGCUGAACUCUAAUAAUGCUGUCAUCGGGGAUGAAGUCAAGGAAGUACUGAUGGUAGAAAAACCAAAACAGAAAAUGUCAAAGAACUGGAGAAAUCUGAAAAAAAUGAUUCUGCUUAAUAGGUUUAUCAAAGCAUUGGAGAAAGGAAAAAAAUCCGACCCACGAAGGCCAAAGAACAUGCUCUUGGAGCCGGAUCCUGAAGCAGAAAAAGUUAAUCUAAAGCAUCAAAACAUUGAUGAGAGGAAGAAUGCAGAGGAGUGGAUGCUUGAUUAUGCACUGCAAAAGGCUGUUGCUAAAUUAACUCCAGCUCGGAGUAGAAAAGUAGCACUGCUUGUUGAGGCAUUUGAAACAGUUCUUCCGAAUAAUGGAAUUCCAAACCCAUUCAAGCCAGAAGUCAUUCGCUAAGUGCAGAUGCAACAAAUUUGUAGAAGCUAUUUGGUUGGAGAAACCUCAGUUGAAUCACUAAGCUAUUGUUUGUACCGUUCGAAUGGCAGAAGCAUAGGGUAUAGAGUAAGUUAUUUUCUAAGGAAGAAUUGAAGAUUGCAAAUUGCAUGAUAUAAUGGUUACAAAUUUGUUUGUUUGGUAUUUUGCCUAAUACCUGCCGUUGUUUACUUCAUUUUGUAAUUGCUUCUUUUGACACAUACUAAAUGAUCCCAUAUGUGAUUUUGUAUAUGCUUCUUUUGAUACAUGCUAGAAUGAUAUCCCAAAUGUGUUGUUAAUACAUGUAAUAGAAAAGACAAACUGAGAA